UCCCUGCAUAGUCAAAAUGGAGCCUGCAGCUCAUGCCCUGCUACUCCCCAUUCUCCUUCUUCUUCUGGCCUCCCUCAGCCCCAUCAUUGCCCAAGAGGAUGGCAUUGAUCUCUACAGUCUCACUGUGGACUCCAAGGUCACAAUGCGCUUUGCCCAUACCACCAUCACCAGCCGUGUCGUCAAUAAGGCAAAAGAGGCCCAAGAGGCUAUCUUCCAGGUGGAGUUGCCCAGAAGAGCCUUCAUCACUAACUUCUGCAUGAUCAUUGAUGGUGUGACAUACCCAGGGGAGAUCAAGGAGAAGGCAGCUGCCCAGGAGAAAUACAGCUCAGCUGUAGCCAGGGGUCAGAGUGCUGGCAUCAUCAGGGCCACAGGGAGGAAUCUGGAGCAGUUCCAGGUGUCUGUCAAUGUGGCUCCAACUGCCAAGGUCACCUUUGAGCUGGUCUAUGAGGAGCUGUUGAGGAGGCAGCUGGGGAAAUAUGAGCUAAUGCUGAAGGUCCGGCCCCAACAGCUGGUCAAACAUCUGCAGAUAGAUGUCCACAUCUUUGAGCCUCAGGGCAUCAGCUCCCUGGAGACUGAGAGCACCUUCAUGACCAAGAACCUGGCAGAUGCCCUUACCAUGACACAGAACGAGACCAAGGCUCACAUAGUGUUCAAGCCAUCUGUGACCCAGCAGCAGAAGGAGCCCGGGAAGUUGGACACGAUUCUGGAUGGUAACUUCAUUGUGCGUUAUGAUGUGAACCGGGCCACUGCUGCAGGGGACAUCCAGAUUGAGAAUGGAUACUUCGUGCAUCACUUUGCCCCAACAGAGCUGCCUACACUGCCUAAGAAUGUGGUCUUUGUCAUCGACAAGAGCGGGUCCAUGUCUGGUAGGAAGAUUAAACAGACUCAGGAAGCUCUGGUAAAGAUCCUGAGUGAUCUAAAGCCAGGGGACCAGUUUAACUUGGUCACCUUCAGUGGGCUUGUGACCCAGUGGAAACCAGCACUCCUUCAGGCCUUAACUGAGCAUGUGGAAGAAGCCAAGAAAUUUGCCCACAGUAUACAGGCACAUGGAUCAACCAACAUCAAUGAGGCUGUCCUUGUGGCUGUGAAAAUGCUGGAUGAGAGCAACAGGAAGGAGCAGCUGCCAACAGGGAGUGUCUCCAUGGUCAUCCUGCUCACUGAUGGGGAUCCCACUGAAGGGGAGAAAGAUCCCCAGAAGAUUCAGGAGAAUGUGAAGGUGGCUAUUGAGGGCCAGUACUACCUCUACUGCCUGGGCUUUGGCUUUGAUGUCAACUAUGCUUUCCUGGAGAAGCUGGCCCUGGAAAAUGGUGGGGUGGCCCGGCGCAUCUAUGAGGACUCAGAUGCUGACCUGCAGCUCCAGGACUUUUACCAGGAGGUUGCCAACCCACUGCUGACCAUGGUGAAGUUCCAGUACCCAGAAAAUGCUGUGGAGCAUCUCACUCAGGACAACUUCAGGGUCUUCUUCAAGGGUUCUGAGCUAGUGGUGGCCGGGAAGCUCCAGCCCCAGGUCCAGGAUUUGCUCUCAGCCAAAGUCAACUCUCAGUCGCACACCCAGAACUUCACCUUCCAAACAGAAGUAAAUGUUGUGGACAAGGAGAGAGUCUUCCAGAGCCCAAAGUACAUUUUCCACAAAUUCAUGGAGCACCUGUGGGCAUACCUGACCAUCCAGCAGCUGCUGGAGAAAGCUGUUUCAGCCUCAGGUGAUGAGCAGAAGAGCCUGGAGGCUCGAGCCUUGGACCUGUCCCUCAAAUUCAGCUUUGUCACUCCCCUCACAUCUAUGGUGGUCACCAAACCAGAGGGUCAGGAACAGGCCCAGGUGGUUUCAAAGCCAGUGGAAGCAGAUAAUAGUCAGUCAUUUUCAUUUUCACUAUCAUCACGAAAUGCACGAAUAUCUCAAGAUUCAAAGACUAUCAGGAGCAAGUUAGCCUCCAGGUCAAGGCCAUCGCCUCGCUUUAAAAAUGUUCAAAGUCGUUAUAAAACUGACCUGGAGGAAUCACAUCACUCAGUUCUGUCCUCUCCUGGUCCAAUGGAAAGGGGCCCUCAUUUCAUCUUGUCACUGCCUAGGCAGAGUAAUAACCGUAUCCAGGAGGCGCUGUGUGUGGAUAUCAGGGGGUCAUCCCAGACCCCUGUGAAUAUCCUGUCUGAUCCAGUCCAAGACAUUGAGGUGACUGGAAAAUACGAGGGGAGCACAGAUAGGUUUGUCUGGCUCCAGGUGAGCUACAGGAGUCCUGAGGUGAAGGUGCGUGUGACCCAGGACAGCAUCGUGGUGACUCGUGGCAGUGGUGGGAAAAGCUCCUCUUACCAAUGGCAGGGGACGCUGUACUUGGUGAUGCCUGGGCUGAAGUUGACCUUGGAAAAUGGCCUCUUGCUGCUCAGUGACUCAGACAAAGUCACCGUUGGCCUAGUGUCCUUGGGCCAUCCCACUCCUGGAUUGCGGCUCUUCCUAAAUGAUCAAGGUCACUUCUCCAGCCAAGCCAAUGGAGUCCUUGGUCAAUUUUACCAGGACUUGCAGUGGGAUCCUGCUGGGCCGAGCACAGCUGAAGACAAAAGGGAACUGAGUGUGAGGGGCAAGGAGUAUACAGUCACCAGAAAGCCUGUGAUGGAUUUUCAAGGAAGCAGAGUUACUACCCCACCACCAACAUUCCCAUGCUGGACUUUGGAGCAGCCCUUACAAAGUGAAGAUUAAUGGCCAGCUAUGUUUUCCUCUUCUGGUCCCCAUGCCUGGUGCUGCCCCUGCCCUUUGCUAUUUGUCUAUCUGGGACAAAUGGGGAGGCAAGAAGAACAGUGAGAUAUUAUAAAGCAGAGGUCAUAUCAGUA